AUGUUCUCUUUGAAUUCUGCCGCCACCUCGGCCUCAUCCUUAACAUCCUCGCGGAAUAAGCAAGCAAUACCUUCGUUGGGUUCAUUGGCAAACUCUCAGGGUAACGUUAUGACGACCGGUGCUUCCUUCUCGAACGAUCAUCAUCAUCAUGUCAUGAAUGGAGAGGACAAGAAAAAGUUUAUAUCCCGAUAUCAACACACAAGACACAAUAUUAAGCAAACGAAUAAGCAAAAUAAUUUAGAAGAGAUGCAGAAAAAGAAAAUGUCGCUGGAGGUUCUUCAAAGUGGAUUCAAAAAGAUGUCCUCCAAUACUAAAUCAUCCAUGUACAACCAAGUGAUGGAUGAAAUCAAUGAUGAAGAUCUGAUGAAUAUUCAUCCCGUUUCGACCACAGCUGUUUCAUCUGGAAAUUCAAAUGCCAUUCCACCUCCAACAUGGCAUUCUCAUCGCCAGCCGCCUUAUUCCUCCCGUUUGAAUAACAAUCCAAUUUCCAGUAAUAGAGAACGAUCUAGAAGAUUCCUCCAGAGCUUGGACAUUUUCAACGAGCAUGCUGAACAAUUCUCUUCAAUCAACACCAUGGAUGUGUUGGCUCCCAUACAGGACAAGGUCGAAGAGUUUCAAGAACAUGAUGACGAAGAGAUUCAAUCGUCAAUAACAGAUCUCGAUGAACAGGAGCUCGAAAAUGAAAUCGCAAGCUUAGAUCAGCAAUUAUAUGGUUUAAAUACUCUCAUCAAUAACGACUCUUUCAAAAACGACGAACCUCAAUUGGACAAGCCUUAUUAUAAUCAUGAAAUUGAGUCACAACAUACACCGAAUCCGCAACCGCAACAAUAUCAUAAUUCUCCUCUUAAAUUGCAUGCCGAAAGCCACUUUCAAGAAAAUCAUCAUCCUUCUCCUUACAAAGAGGAAAAGGAAAAUCUUUCCAAAUUAGAUCGCUUGAAAGAGUUGAUCGAGUAUAAAAAGGAGCUAGAUCGGCGAGAAGUGCUGAUAGAAAGAUUAAUUCUUGGACUCAGGAGGGAGAAUCAAAUGCAUAGAUAUAAAUUAAAGGAGGUUGAGAAAUUUUGUAAUGAGUUUUCUUGGUCGCAGGGUAAUUUGCUGGAAGAUAUUAAGAGGAAUCUGUUCAGUGAUUCUGGUAUUACUUUGCAGAGUUAUGAUGGGGACCAAAAGCAGCACUCGUCACAGUAG